AGGUCGCGAGCAAUCAGAGAUCAAACAAAUGAAGAAUGUUGUCCGCCAGCCACUACGGUAUCUUGGAUUUCCACCACUUUAGUUGUGUGUGUGGGGGGGUGCCGCAAAUACCUGUGUGACCUGGAGCGUUGGCAUGUCUGCCGACUACGAGGCUGAGCAUUCCCCUUUUCCGCGGCGUCGAAGUGCUCUGUCGUUCGCAACGACAGUUCCUCCUUCGACUUCAGCCUUUCUGCGACUCACAACACGAGCGCCGACUUUCUCGAGUUCGAAGCUCAUGCCAAAACAGCCGACACCCCGCCGGAAUGCAUCUAGACGGAGACGCGGAGCCUCUAGUAUGGUCGCACACACGGCUGUACGGGUCCAAAAGAGCAGUUGGAGAGUGUCAAAGUGUGGUUGGACAGUUGCGCUAGCGGUGACUGGAUCAUGGUCGUCGAUAAUUUCGACAACUUUGACAGUCUUGACGGAGUCGACUGGCGUCCAGCUAGACACCUUCCAGUACAGCGCGGUGCGAUCCUAUUUACAACAUGCAACGCAAAUCCCGUCGAAAACCUUGCGUAUGUGCCACGUGGCGACGCUGGGGUGGAAGUCCACGUGAUGAAUGACGCGGAAGCAUUGAAGAUGCUCUCCAAUCGCCGAGCCACCGAUGGACUUGACGAUGAGGAAGAUGCUGUCGAGCUGCUGCAAAGGCUGGAGAAAUUGUCCCUGGCAAUCGCACAAGCGGUAGCAUAUAUGCGAGAAACCGGAACGGGUAUCACGGGCUAUUUGAAGCUAUUCAAAGAAUGCGAGCGUAAUCAGCAGCAGCUCAUGAACGAAGCUUUACCAACUGCAAUGGAAGACGGCAAAAGACCCGGAUCGCGCGCGGUGAUGACGACUUGGAUACUCACAAUCGACGAAAUUCAGGAGAAGAGCCCCAAACCUGUGCAACUACUAGAGGCCAUGAGCUUCCUCAACCCGGAUGAAAUACCGAAGGCACUAUUGAGAGAUAUCCCUUUCCUUGGGGACGAAAGCGACAUAGGAUUCAACAAGGCGUUUGCACCGCUCCUCAACUUUUCUCUGAUCUAUCAGCUCGAAUCUUCAAAUUAUCGCUUGCACCGCCUUGUCGGGUUAUGUAUCCGGCAACAGAUGGAUCGGAAAGGCGGACGACGGAGACGGGACCUUUUGGAGGCAGCUACUGUGAACGGUUUGGGUCUACAAUACAAUUUAGGGAUCAUCCUGGGCCAAAAUGGGAAUAUCGCAGGCUCCAUGUGGUUACAGCGGGCACUUAAUGGCUAUGAGAAGACCCUCGGGAAAUAUCAUAUCAGCACUCUCGAUGCUGUCUACGGCACGGCCACAACCAUUGAGAAGCGAGGGGAUAAUAUCAAAGCGUAUGUGGGGUUACAGCGGGCACUUGACGGCAAUGAGGAGAUCCUCGGAAAAGACCAUCGCGGCACUCUCAAUACUGUCCACGGCAUGGCCGUCACUUUUCGUGUGCAAGGGGAUUAUCACACAGCGUUGGUGUCUUUUCAGCGGGCACUUGACGGCUAUGAGACGACCCUCGGAAAGGACCAUCGCGGCACUCUCAAUGCUUUCCACGGCAUGGCCGUUACUUUCUAUUUGCAACGGGAGUAUCACAAAGCGUUGGUGUCGUUUUAA